AUGGAGGCUACAGCUGUUCAAAUGGGGACACCAGGGGUAAAAGGAAGAGGAAGGGCAGACUGUCUGGAGUAA